GUUCUUUCCAAUGGAACAACAAAAUGCGAUAGUCACUACACCGCCGGCGAGCGGCCCGGUCGCUGCUCCGUCAAAGGAACAAGCUCUGAAAUCGUUGACUGAAGGUGGCGCUGGUGACGGUUCAAUUUUUCAACAGCUCACAAGUAAUCCAUUUUUCACUGCAGGGUUUGGUCUUGCGGGUCUGGGUGCUGCGCUUAGACUUGGCUCACAAGGAUUGAGAAGGGGAGGAGAACUGUUGAAGAGAAGGAUGCUGGUUGAUCUUGAAAUUACUCGACAUGAUGAAUCUUAUCCUUGGGUCUUGAACUGGAUGACACGGCAAUACCAAAAGUCACUUUCUGAGACAGCUGAGACUGUAAAACCUGGCAUAAUGGAAGCUUUAAUUAGACGAUUCACACCAGGUCUACACCAUCUUCAGAUCAAGACAGCAAGUCAGAAAUCACCCGGAGGAGCUUCUCAUACACACUUCUCUCUGGUACCUGGACACGGAAAACACAUCCUGAGAUUCAAGAAUGCUUUUAUUGCUGUAGACAGACAGCGUGAAGGCAAAUCAUUUGACGCACAAGGUCAGCCUUUCGAGACCAUCAAACUCACCACUCUAUACGCACACCGCCACAUCUUCGAAGACAUGUUUUCAGAAGCACACUCCUUGUCGAUGCAAAGUAUUGAAGGCAAGACAAUGGUCUACACACUGAGGAAUAUGCAAUGGAUGCCUCUCGGAGAUGCUAAGCGCAAACGACCUUUCGACUCUGUGGUGCUGGAAGAGGGAAUGGCAGAAAUGAUCAGAGACGACGUCUCGGAAUUCUUGAAUGCUCGCACUUGGUAUCUUGACCGAGGUAUUCCUUACCGCAGGGGUUAUCUUCUUCAUGGUCCACCCGGUACUGGAAAGACGUCUUUCGUGCAAGCAUUGGCCGGAGAGCUUGACUUCAGCAUUGCUAUGCUUAGUCUGAGUCAACGCGGUUUGACCGAUGAUCUGCUCAAUCAGCUGAUGCUCAACUUGCCGCCCCGAACAUUUGUACUUCUUGAAGAUGCCGAUGCUGCAUUCAACAAUCGAAGACAACGCGACGAAGAUGGCUUUAGUGGAGCUACUGUCACAUUUUCUGGUCUCUUGAACGCCCUCGAUGGCGUGGCUAGUGCAGAGGAACGUAUCGCCUUCAUGACCACCAAUCAUAUUGAACGUCUAGACGACGCCCUGAUUCGACCAGGCAGAGUUGACAUGACUCUUCGUCUCGGCGAAGCGACACUCUGGCAGAUGGAGCAAAUGUGGAACAGGUUUUACGCACAUCUCGACCCGGAUGGCAGUAAGAGAACUCUGUUCCUCGAACGUGUUGGGCAAUAUGGUCUGGUCAAUUCUGUCAGCACAGCUGCUGUCCAGGGCUUGUUCUUGUACAACAAGGAUGAUCCGGAUGGUGCUGUGAACAUGGUUGGACAGCUUAUGAUGGCAAAGACACAAACAAUGGAAGUGCCCAAGAAGAAUUAGUUACAUGUAAAAUAAGUGGUGUACGAUAUGUAUAUUGAGCAGUUAAUUGUGCUUUGUG